AAGAUUUUGCACUGUAAUGAAUUGUACUUUAUCAUUUGAAAGCGAUGCUGAGUUAGAAGAACACAUGCUAUCCGGUCUUCAUACAGUUCCGAAAUCAUUAACAUCAUUGGAUAAAGUUCGCAACUCGUUUGUUCAUAAGAUGAAAAUUACUUCACAACUAAAUAUGCCAAUUUCUUCAUCCUCUAACAGUGCUUCCGUAAAAGACAAAUCACAUUGCAUGAACAUUUUUCUAUUGCAAGGUUGGGCAUUACCAGUUCGAAGUUCUUUUAGAUUUUCAAAUCAGCAGAAAGAACUGUUGUAUAAAUACUUUAUUCGUGGAGAAGAAUCAGGUAAUAAAAUGAGCCUUGAGCAGGUUCACAUGCAGCUGAGGAGAGAACUUCCGCCUGAUCAAUAUGUAACUAGCCAACAGAUAAGAUCUUUAUUUUCAAGAUUUAGUAACCUGAAAAGAAAAGGUAAGCUGGUAGAACCGACAACAGAAAAUAAUGAAAAUAGUCAGGUUAACAAUAACAAAGAAGUUUAUGGCAAAAAUGAUGACUUUAAUCUGACAGGAGACAAUGAAGAUGAUAAUAAAUAUGAGGAAGACAUCGCCAAUCUUGCAAAAGAAAUUUGUCUUGUAUGGAAAGUGAAUGAUUGCGUUGCUGUUGCAUAUGAAAAACAAUGGAAUAUUGAAUAUUAUGGGGGAGGUGUAGCAAUGCAUGAUUGUGGGUUAUUUUUAGAUAGAGAUAUUCCUUUCAUUGGCGGUAGUCCUAAUCGUAUUGUUACUUGUUUGUGUUGUCCACCUGCAUGUCUUGAAGUUAAAUGCCCAUUUUUUAUAAAUUACUUGUCCCCACUUGAUCCAAGUGUAAAACCUUCAUAUUUGAUUAAAAAUAAUGUUGAGCCAAGUUUUAACUGUUUGAAAAACUUAGACAUCGCAGAACCUCAUGCAAAGUCAUAUUUUUCAAAAGGAAAACCUAAUAAUAAUACAAAGAAUUGA